ACAAAAAUAGAACACAAAACAAUGUCCAACGAUAUUCCUAAUUACACUUUGCGUGUGGUAACACACCGCUCAUCUGGGCGGCCCGAAAUAGUGGCACGAGGGGGGGCGUCAGUAGUCGCGGCGGUGCCGCUCACGCCGCCCGCGCCAUGGCGUCCGUCGCCGCUUGGCUGCCCUUCGCCCGAGCAGCCGCCAUCGGAUGGGUCCCCAUCGCCACGCACCCGCUGCCACCGCCCCCAGUCCCCAAGGACCGGCGCCGCGCCGAGGACGAGAAGCUCCUCAUCAACGUCUCCGGCCGCCGCUUCGAGACAUGGCGGAACACCCUCGAGAAGUAUCCCGACUCCCUCCUCGGCUCCACCGAGAGAGAAUUCUUCUACGACGAAGACAGCAGAGAGUACUUCUUCGACAGAGACCCAGACAUAUUCCGCCACAUAUUAAAUUACUACAGAACUGGGAAGUUGCAUUAUCCCAAACACGAGUGCUUGACGGGCUACGACGAGGAGUUGGCUUUCUUUGGGAUCCUACCUGAUGUGAUCGGGGACUGUUGUUAUGAGGACUACAGAGAUAGGAAACGGGAGAAUGCUGAAAGGCUCAUGGACGAUAAGUUGAGUGAGGCGGGAGAUCAGAGCCUGCCCCAGCUCACAGAUCUGCGGCAGAAGAUGUGGCGUGCGUUCGAGAACCCCCACACUUCGACGGCCGCCUUGGUAUUUUACUAUGUCACAGGAUUCUUUAUUGCUGUGUCGGUUAUGGCGAACGUAGUGGAAACAGUGCCGUGUGGCCACAGGCCCGGCCGAGCAGGGACGCUGCCCUGCGGCGAGAGAUACAAAAUCGUGUUUUUCUGCUUAGAUACAGCGUGUGUUAUGAUAUUCACCGCUGAAUACCUGCUCCGACUCUUCGCUGCACCUGACCGUUGUAAAUUCGUUAGAUCGGUGAUGUCGAUCAUAGACGUGGUGGCGAUCCUUCCGUACUACAUCGGUCUGGGGAUCACGGACAACGACGACGUGUCCGGAGCCUUCGUGACCCUGAGAGUGUUCAGAGUGUUCCGUAUCUUCAAGUUCUCCAGGCACUCGCAGGGGUUGCGAAUCUUGGGUUACACCUUGAAGUCGUGCGCCAGUGAGUUGGGUUUCCUGGUCUUCUCGUUGGCUAUGGCGAUUAUAAUCUUCGCUACAGUAAUGUUCUACGCUGAGAAGAACGAGCAAGACACGAACUUCACAUCCAUUCCUGCUGCCUUCUGGUACACCAUCGUGACGAUGACAACGCUGGGGUACGGAGACAUGGUACCAGGCACCAUAGCUGGCAAGAUAGUGGGCGGUGUGUGCUCCCUCUCCGGAGUGCUGGUGAUCGCGCUGCCCGUGCCUGUCAUCGUCUCCAACUUCUCCCGGAUCUACCAUCAGAACCAGAGGGCUGAUAAGAGGAAGGCUCAAAGGAAAGCCCGCCUCGCCCGCAUCCGUAUCGCCAAAGCCUCAUCAGGGGCAGCCUUCGUAUCCAAGAAGAAGGCAGCAGAAGCUCGUCUCGCCGCCCAAGAGUCAGGGGUGGAACUUGACGACGCUGGCCGAGACGAAGACAUUUUCGAAUUGCAGCACCACCAUCUUCUGAGGUGUUUGGAGCGCACAACGGACCGGGAGUUUGUGGAGAUGGAGAAUCCGUUUAAUGGCGCGGCUAAGCGAGCUGGGUCACCCUCCCCGCUAGCGUCGCCGGCGCACUCGGGCCGGGCGCCCGCGCUGCUCGCGUGCUGCGCACGAUGCGGCUGCUGCCCACAAAAAUACCAGGUCCUGCUAUUAGACACAAGUAGGAAGGGACGGAAGGGCGGCAGGCGGUACACGUCGACCUCUCGACCUUCGGACACGUCUGUGUCCGCUGCGCCCAGCGAAGACCCAUUACCACAAGCGUGUGGUAAAUACAUUCCUGCCGGGAGCACAGUGCAAGGAAACCAAACCGGUGUUGCAAUGGACGGGACUUACUUAGUGGAAGCGUCUUUUUAGGGCCCGUCCUCAAGCCACAUGGAGAGCUAUGUAUAGCAUGCCAGUGACAAACACGGACAAAGACUAGUCGAAACUAGCAAACACAGUCGCGACAACAGUCCGACCCGAACAACAAUUAUUAGAAUUAUGAAUCUGUGUAAUUUUAAUGUUCUAAGUCUAACACGAUACUGCCUAACAUUAAAAAAUAUCAGAUUUGUAUAAAUACUAUGAAUUCGAAUUGUGAAUUAUGGACACAGAGUUUUACGCUGUGAUUUUCAAAAAAUGGAAUAGUCCAUUUCUAGUUCCAUUCCAUUUUUAAAAGACUUCUGUGGCGGCAUUCCAUUUCGUUUGGGAAUGCUCCUGGAAUGGAAGAAACGUUUGGAAAUGGAACGCAUUUCUGGACUGUGAGAUGAAAGAGAAGGAAGAAUAUGGAUGUCUUUGUCUCAUCGGAACAUUGUUGUUUCGCGUCCUCUCCGUGUAGUUUCUUUUAACCGUAUUAGUAUAAAACAGUAUUAAUUAAGAAUUUUAAAUGUUAAAGAUGGACAGGAGGGAUCUCGCUUCUUUUAACAACGAGAUUUAAAGUUAUGUGAAAAUGAUAUUGCCUGUGGACUUUCCUGUAUUGAGAGGCGUUUUUAGAAAAGACAAUUAGUUUCAAAUUUCAUUAUAGUCAAUAGUUAUUGGAGUCAUAUCAAUAUUAGGCAGUUACAUAGAUGUACCGGUAUAUUAUAAAUCAUGUUCAUAGUUGAAGUCACUUCUGGGGGUCCUAAAAAGAGGUUUUAGUGGUAAUAAG